GCGAUUAUCAGCCAGGCCCUUCCUCCAACGUCCACAGCGACCACCGCCGCCUCUCAUUGUACAUUACCGCAGCAAAACCAUGUCGGCAGAACCGGUCAAGGAACCCGUCGCGGGCACGCACAAGGACCCCGUCACGGGCGAGAUGAUUUCGAAGACCGAGCUCAAGCGGCGCGAGAAACAACGGGCGAAGGAUGCCAAGAAGGCUGAAAAGGCGGAGAACGCGCCACAGGCUGCUGCACCGAAGGCAGCUGCGGUCAAGGAGGAGGACCUCAACCCGAAUCAAUACUUUGAGCUUCGUUCGAGGCAAAUACAACGACUACGCGAGACGCAGCAGCCGAAUCCGUAUCCCCACAAGUUCGAUGUGUCGAUUUCCGUCCCGCUCUACAUCAAAGCGUACGGCCCUGCCGGUAAGAUCUCCGCUGGAGAGAAGCUAAAGGGCACCACGGAGGCCAUCGCCGGUCGCGUACACAACAUCCGCGUGUCGAGCAAGAAGCUCAUCUUCUACGACCUGCACUCGGAGGGACAGAAGGUCCAGAUCAUGGCCACCGCACAGGAUGCCAAAGAUCCUUCGAAGUUUGAGGAAGUACACGACGUCUUCCGUCGGGGCGACAUCGUCGGUGUCGUCGGCACGCCCUGCCGCACCAAGCUCGGCGAGCUCUCGAUCGUGCCCUCCGAAAUGAUCCUCCUCGCUCCCAACCUCCACCAACUCCCCUCGUCGCACUUCGGUCUGAAGGACCAAGAGACCCGGUACCGAAAGCGCUACCUCGACCUGAUCCUCUCCGAGGACACCCGCCGGAUCUUCCUCACCCGGUCCAAGAUAAUCAACUACACUCGGCGCUUCCUGGACAACCUCGGCUUCCUCGAGGUCGAGACACCGAUGACGACCAUGAUCGCGGGCGGCGCGACCGCGAAGCCGUUCGUGACGCACCACAACGACCUCGACCUCGACCUCUACCUCCGUAUCGCGCCGGAGCUCUACCUGAAGCAGCUCGUCGUCGGCGGCCUCGACCGCGUGUACGAGAUCGGGCGUGUGUUCCGGAACGAGGGCAUCGACCUCACGCACAAUCCCGAGUUCACGAUCUGCGAGUUUUACAUGGCAUACGCGGAUAUGUACGAUAUCAUGGACCUCACCGAGUGCCUCGUCGAGGGCAUGGUCAAGUACCUCACCGGCGGGAAGACGACGCUCACGUACCACCCCGAGGGAAAGGAGAGCGACAAGGUGUACGAGCUCGAGUUCAAGCGUCCGUGGAAGCGGUACGAUAUGAUCGAGACGCUGGAGGAGAAGACGGGCGUCAAGUUUCCGCCGGGAGAUACCCUCCACACCGAGGAGGCGAACAAGUUCCUGCGCGAACUGUGUGUUAAGCACAACGUCGAAUGCAGCGAGCCGCGGACCAACGCGCGCUUGCUCGACAAGCUCGUCGGCGAGUUCAUCGAGCCCCUCUGCAUCUCCCCCGCUUUCAUCGUCGGCCACCCGCAGGUCAUGUCCCCCCUCGCCAAGUGGCACCGCUCGCGCCCGGGCCUGUGCGAGCGUUUCGAGGGCUUCCUCUGCGGGAAGGAGUUCUGCAACGCCUACACCGAGUUGAACGACCCGUUCGAGCAGCGGCUGCGGUUCGAGGAGCAGAUAAGGCAGAAGGCGCAGGGCGACGACGAGGCGCAGGAUAUCGACGAGACGUUCGUCGACGCGCUCGAGCACGGUCUCCCUCCGACGGGCGGAUGGGGUAUCGGUAUCGACCGUCUGGUCAUGUUCCUUACGGAUUCUACCAACAUCAAGGAGGUACUGCUUUUCCCGGCUAUGAAGCCUAUCGAGACUCCGACAAAUCAGGCGUCGACUCAGCCUGGUCCUGGAGGACAAGUAUAAUACUGCGAUAUUCUAAUUUCAGUCGUAGCUUUUGGAGACUUCUGCCGCUCUCGAAUACGAUGAUGCAUGCUGCGUGGGUCCGAGUCGAGACUAUCAGCAAACGGGAUCUUAUUGCAGGAUCCGUCUUAACCAACCAAGUCCUUCAC